GGCUGGCUGGGGGUAUCAGUGAGAGGACCCGGCUGGCUGGGGGUAUCAGAGAGAGGACCUGGCUGGCUGGGGGUAUCAGUGAGAGGACCCGGCUGGCUGGGGGUAUCAGUGAGAGGACCCGGCUGGCUGGGGGUAUCAGAGAGAGGACCUGGCUGGCUGGGGGUAUCAGUGAGAGGACCCGGCUGGCUGGGGGUAUCAGUGAGAGGACCCGGCUGGCUGGGGGUAUCAGUGAGAGGACCCGGCUGGCUGGGGGUAUCAGUGAGAGGACCCGGCUGGCUGAGGAGGAGGAGGACACCUGUCGGGAGGAGGCCGCGGGCAGCUCCUGGGCCUCCCUCACUGAGGAUACUGUCACUGCUGAUACCCAGCCCAUCCAGCGGGGAGGAGCAAGGCCCGCGUCCGGUGAGCAGGAGGGGGCGGGGAGAGGCUCAGCGGGGACUCACCGGGAUCCCGCCGCGGUAAGUGACACCCACCGCCAGUAAGUGUGCACUCACUAACCAGCCCGCACCGCGCGCUCCCGCCACUCACUCACUCAGUCACUCAGCCGGCCUGCUGCGCGCUCCCGCGUUUCCCUGGUAACUGCUGCCUUUUUUUUUUCUUUUCCUUCCAUCGAACUUUAUUAACAAAACAUGUAACAGACACUGGCGUGUCAUGUCCUCUUACUCACAGCCUGGUGCAAUAGUGAAGUGGGGAAUAACCGCCCAGAUACUAUUUAUAAACUGGAGUAUAAAAGCAGGGCCUGGCAGGGAGGGAGGUUUAGCCAUAACUAGGAGGAAAGGAGAGAGGAGAGAGGAGAGAGGAGAGAGGAGAGAGGAGAGAGGAGAGAGGAGAGAGGAGAGAGGGGAGAAUUUAAUUUCCUUGUAAUUCUGAUAAAUAACAUGGCAGUAACAUGGCUGCUGGCACUCUAUCUAUAAUGCCAUUUAUUAAUAUAUUAUUUACUGAGGCCUGGCUGGGAGAUACAGACACUGGCUAUAGUUUCCUGCUGCUGGAUGGGAAAUUUAAAGUGCUGCUGAAGAGAGAUUUUGGGGUUUUAGGGACCCCUCCUCCUCAAUAACUAGUUUUAAAACCUGAUUUCCUUCUGACAGCGUGUAACAAACAUUGUGACACUAACACGUCACGUGUGUCUCGAAAACAUGGCACAUAUGGGCAGUCAAACUCAUAUCUGUGGAGGGUUAACCUUAUUAUUAUUAUUGGUAUUCUUAUAGCGCCAACAAAUUCCGUAGUGCUUUACGAUAUUAUAGGAGGGGUAGAUUUAACAAUAAAUGAGACAAUUACAAAAGAUUGCAGGAACAAUAGGAUGAAGAGGUUACAGUCUCAUCCAUUACAAAUAAUACAGGGCUAUUCACUAAACUCACAAUUUCUUCCAAAACAUAGGUUAGUAGCGAGAAUAGCGAAUAUGAAGAAUUUUUCAAGAUCAGCUAUUUUUAGCUCAGUUUUUUUUUCUUUUCAAUUCGGAUUUUAAUUUGGAGCUUAGUGAAUACCCAUGUAAUGGUUUCAUUCUGUACAAAAGCAUUUUGGGAGUUAAAGGACCACUAUAGUGCCAGGAAAACAUACUCGUUUUCCUGGCACUAUAGUGUCCUGAGGGUACCCCCACCCUCAGGGUCCCCCUCCUGCCCGGCUCUGGAAAGGGGAAAAGGGGUAAAACUUACCUUUUUCCAGCGCUGGGCGGAGAGCUCUCUGCCUCCUCUCCUCCGAUCCGCCCCGUCGGCUGAAUGCGCACGCGCGGCAAGAGCUGCGCGCAUUCAGCCCGUCACAUAGGAAAGCAUUCUCAAUGCUUUCCUAUGGAUGCUGGCGUGCUCUCACUGUGAAAAUCACAGUGAGAAGCACGCAAGAGCCUCUAGUGGCUGUCAAUGAGACAGCCACUAGAGGAAAUAGGGGAAGGCUUAACCCAUUCAUAAACAUAGAAGUUUCUCUGAAACUGCUAUGUUUAUGAAAAAAUGGGUUAACCCUAGAAGGACCUGGCGCCCAGACCACUUCAUUAAGCUGAAGUGGUCUGGGUGCCUAGAGUGGUCCUUUAAGUUAAAAUUUAAAACAUUUUUAGAAAUCACCAUGAAAAUUGUAAAAAAAAAAAUUCACAUAACUCUCACAAAAGGUGAGGCAUAAGAAACAAAACAAAAAAAAACACAGAGUGUCGUAUCUGCUCAUUACAAAGUUCCAAACUUAUUGUCAUUGUUUUAUUGUCAAAUACACAUUCCAAGCAAACAUGAUGAUUUCUAUUUACAGAUUUCCAUAAGGCAGUAUAUUUUUUCAUGUUGCACUGUGCUCCUCAGCAAAACUGUCUCACAGUCUCAACUUAUGCAAUUUAUUGAAAAAUAUAUUUUUUAGGUCAACUACUAUCAGUCAAGGUGGCAUUGUAGGAAAAAUACAUAUUUGUUGAAGUAAGACCAAUACCACACGCUUUAGUGGUUAUGGUGGCAGGAGUGUCCUGGCACCCCCGAAGGGAUCAAACUAUUUUAGAGUGAUUUGACUUUUUUACCUGGGGUGUGCCAGGCACUGCUCCAUGCCUCCACUACCUCAGUCAGAGAGCUGGAAGCGCUCUGUCUGAGCUUAAAAUUACACAGUAGGAUUUAGCUCAUUGUCCCAGAGCAAUUAGCUCAGACUCUCAGCCAAGGAGCUAGCUAGUGUGACCUUCCAGCUGUCUGGAUGAGGUAGUGUAGGCAUGGAGAGUGUGCUCAGAGGAUCCCAGGUAAAAUGUCAAACCAUUUUAAAACAGUUUGACUCCUUACAAUGGGGUGGGGAAAGUUCUUCCUGGUACCCUUACUAAUAUAGCGCACUGUAGUGAUUAUGGUACUUGGAGUGCUGCUUUAAAAUCUUGGACAAAUGCAGCGCCCGUAGGGUAAUAUACAGAUAAGUUUGAACUUGGGGCACUUGGACGUAUCUGGAAGUCAGGGACUAUCUCUUUAAAGUUCUGUCGUCAAAGUUCCUUAUUUCCUCAUCUCAAUAAGCAUAACAGCGUUUAUUGGGCUUAGUAAUGUAGCAGACAUAAGUAACCUCUGUAGCACUUCUGUGUCCAGGGUGAUGUAAUUUUUCCCAUGAUGGUAGAAAGGUUUAAUUAAGGCAGUUAUUAAAUGUAAUGUUGACAUUGUGCUAAUGAAAUUGCUAACAAAUAUAUAGAUUUGAUAUGUACCUACCUGAACAUUACUGGUGUGUUUGGUCUCUGAAAUUGUGCAUUGAUUCAACAAUGGCUUUGAUUUAUUCAGCAUUGCAAUUUAUUCAAUAUUGUUUGAAAAACAAGGGACAGUUCAGGUAAGUUAAACUCACUUUUGCCUGCCACCCGCUCCUCUCUGGCCACCAGACGCUCAGCGGUGAUGUCACCGUCAAGGGUCUUUGCAGAUUAUGCAAAGUCCCCAGAUGGUGACAGUGCCCCUUUAAUAACUAGUAACUUGAGAACAAUGGUGGGCAAAAUUGAUUUGAGAAAAAAAAAAAGUUUAACUUUUUCAGUCUCUCAGAUGCAUAUGCCAACCACACUUGGAGUCUAUGGAGUAAGAUCUUAUCCUGUCCAGCAGGAGUUUACAGAAUAAGUAGUUUAUCCUCCAGAGAGCAGUCUACACAUCCCAUAGGUUUAUUAGAAUGUCAUUAGAACCUGCGAGAAUCCAAAUUGCAGCUAUUUCAGCUAUAAAUAGCCUGGUUAACUGUUAUGUGACUAAACUGUAUUUUAGUAUCGGGAAAGGCACGGACAAGGCAUGGCAGGAUGGAGGCCCCCUUAUUGUGUGAAGUGAGCCUUCCAUGUUGCACAUGCAAUAGGACAAAAUUGAUAUAAGCAACCUAGAACUAAGGCCUCGAUUUAAUAUUUUUCGAUAACGUUUUCAGGAGAUUUAAUAGUUUUGCAUAAACUUUUCAAAUGAUUUAAAGGGACACUAUAGUCACCUGAACAACUUUAGCUUAAUGAAGCAGUUUUGGUGUAUAGAACAUGCCCCUGCAGCCUCACUGCUCAAUCCUCUGCCAUUUAGGAGUUAAAUCGCUUUGUUUAUGAACCCUAGUCAUACCUCCCUGCAGUGACUUGCACAGCCUUCCACAAACACUUCCUGUAAAGAGAGCCCUAUUUAGACUUUCUUUAUUGCAAGUUAUGUUUAAUUAAGAUUUUCUUAUCCCCUGCUAUGUUAAUAGCUUGCUAGACCCUGCAAGAGCCUUCUGUAUGUGAUUAAAGUUCAAUUUAGAGAUUGAGAUACAAUUAUUUACGGUAAAUUACAUCAGUUUGAAAGUGAAACCAGUUUUUUUUUCAUGCAGGCUCUGUCAAUCAUAGCCAGGGGAGGUGUGGCUAGGGCUGCAUAAACAGAAACAAAGUGAUUUAACUUCUAAAUGACAGUGAAUUGAGCAGUGAAAUUGCAGGGGAAUGAUCUAUACACUAAAACUGCUUCAUUUAGCUAAAGUAAUUUAGGUGACUAUAGUGUUCCUUUAACCCCUUAAGGACACAUGACGUGUGACAUGUAUGAUUCCCUUUUAUUCCAGAAGUUUGGUCCUUAAGGGGUUAAUAUGUUGAAAAAUGUGUUAAUAUUUUGAUAUUUUUUUUAUAUAUGGAUGUAUCUUUUUUUUUAUAAAUUAUAUAUUUUCUGAUAUUUUAAUAUACUUUUUAAACAUUUAUUGGAAAAUAUUAAAACAUUUGAAAAGUGUUCCAGGCUGCUUGAUUGACAGCUAUGGGCGAUCUUUAGUGGCAGUGAUUUUCAAACACUUUCAGAAAAAUGAGUCCGCUAAGAGUCCUCUAAGAACCAAGCAAAUUCAAAUUAUGAUAAGUGCUUAUGGUACUUUGACUGACCUUUAAAACAUGAAAUAACUUUUAAGUAAUAAUUACUGCACGUUAGGAUUUUAGAGUUAAAUGCUGUGAUUCAAAUUUUAGCAUUUGCUUGUGAUUUUUUUAAGGGUAGUGUCUUUGUGACUAGUGUGUGUGAAUAAAUAUUUGGUUGUUGAAUGUAAGCUCUCACUUUGAAUUAGUUAAACUAACAUGUUUGCCCGCCACACAAUAUUUGAAAUUAGAUUCUCAAGGUGUUGAAAACGUGUUUUUGGAGGUGGUCACUGAUAUGUGAGUGUGGGUUUUUUUUGUUGUUUUUUUUUUUUAUAGAAUAUUUAGAAUCCUCAUCAAGACUUGCAGUUUUUUGAACCCAGAUUUACACUCUCCUAUCUCUUUGAGCCACCAGUUUUGUAAGUAGGGUAUGUGUAUAGUGCAGUAUACAAUAGUAUUUUUCCCUCAUGUAUGUUUGUGUAUAUGCAUCUAAAAACAUGCUUUAAUUCGACAAGGUUGAAAAAAACGCAAGCAGCACAUUGGGAACCAUGUAAAGACUUCAAAAGUUUGAUACACAAUCAAGACACAUCACUUAUUCUUACAAAGCAAACAACUGAUCUGCAAUCUCAUUUGAAGGUAAGGAUGGAUAAAAGUAAAAAAAAAAAUCAUGUUAUUGUCCCUUUAAUUGACACUAUUUAUGUUGAUAAAACAGUUUUUCUGCGAUGAAUUGACCAUUCUCUUUGUCAUGAAAAUUGGUGACACCCUAAAAAUGUUAAAAUGUAAUCCUUACAUUGUACUUGUCAAAUUGCUAGCCUAACAGAUAUAUUGAUUUUGAUAUUAUUCAGCCCUAUAAAUUUCAGCAUAUAAUUGUAUUUUUUUAUAAACUACAGCUAUGUUUCCCACAAUGUGGAGAGUAUGUUCCCAGAAUGCCAUAUGUGCUACUGCAGUUUAAACGGUUACUCCAAUUAUCAUAGCCAUUGCAACACACUUUAAGGAUCAUGAUGUGAACAGUGCACUGGCCCCGUCUCCUGGUAGUGGGGUAAACCAUUUUGUAGUGGUAACCAUUAAAGUAUUUUAGGCACUCCAAAAUCUAUGUGUGUCUUUUCUUCUCUACAUUGUAUAGUUCACAUUUAACAGUCUAACAAAACUUGAUCGUCUUGUUUACACACAUAUCCAGCAUCCCUUUUUAGGUCAGUUAUUGGGUUUUUUGGGAUUAUUAAAAUCCACACGAAACUUUAUUAGAAGAACUAAAGUACAAUUUUGAUAGUUUAGGACCUGGAUAAAUAGAAGUAAUAUAGUUCUCCAAUCUUCAGAAGAAAUUGCGCAACUUUUAUUUCCUGUAGAGUUUUGUAAUCAUCUGAAUGUUGAAAUAGUGUAGCUGCAUGUGUAUUACCAAACCAGUAUGAAAAUAUAUAUCAGUCACUUCUUUUUGAUCCUCUUCUGGCAAACAAGGGCGGAACAUCAGAAAGCUUUGUAAUAGCUGCAUAAUUUUAUCUUUGCUCGUUUCCAAAUGUUCUUCAGAACUUUCCCUUCCACCUUGGGUUUUGUUUGCUGAUAUAAUAAAGAAACACAUUAAAUUGCUUCUACUAACCCACACACUCAAGCAAAACAAUAUUUAUCACAGGAAUGCUAGAUAAUGUUAUUUCAAAGUACGCUACUGUGGAAAAUGGAUUAGACGGGGGGGGGGGGGAAUACAUUUUAGUGUAAGUAUAUUUUUCAUUGUCCAUUUGCAAGUUCAUCUUUCACUUUUCCUAAAUCUUGUAUUCCUCUAUGUAAUCUAACAUAUAUCUGCCUUACCCACUAUUUAAAACCAAUCAUUCUUGCUUGAAUUUCGUAUUAUCUAUUUUCUAUCAUUGUCUCUUGUGCGUACAUGUAAGCGUGUGAGGUUUUCUUAUAAGUAGUAGUAUAAGAGGAGCAUAUCAGGCUUGCAGUGACCCCUCCUAGAAUGCAUUUAAAAAAAAAUUAAAGGGACACUAUAGUCACCAGAACAACUAUAGCUUAUUGUAUUUGUUCUGAUGAGUAUUAUCAUUCCAUUCAGGCGUUUUGCAGUAAACAGUCUUUUCAUAGAAAAUUUUACAGCUUAGUGAUAACUCCACUGGCCACUCCUCAGAUGGCUACUAAAGCUGCUUCCUGGGGCAGUGCUGCACGGUGUGACUGACAUUCAGUGUCUCCACCCUCUGGAUGCAGAUACUGAACUUUCCACAUAGAGAUACAUUGAUUUAAUGCAUCUCUAUGAGGAUAUGCUUAUUGGCCAGGGCUGUGUUUGACUUGUGCUGGCUCUGCCCCUGAUCUGUCUCCUUGACAGUCUCAGCCAAUCCUAUGGGGAAGCAUUGUGAUUGGUUCACAGAAUCACUUCUGAUAAUGUCAGCCAAGCAGGCACAUCAGGGGCAGAGGCAGCAGCUGAAUACCAGUAAGAUUUUACAAUAUUUAGGGAGGCAGGGGUUUUAGCACUAUAGGGUCAGGAAUGCAUGUUUGAGUUCCUGAACCUAUAGUGUUCCUUUAAUACAAAAACCUUAUAGGCAUAACUAUAUAUGUUACUAAUACACACAUUAAUAUACAUGCACAUAUAUAUGUGUAUUACUGUCAGGAUCACAUCAAUUACGUCUAUCUGUACAUUGUGCUAGCAAAAUGCAUAUAUUGGAAGGAAAAUCUAUUUAAUAAGAGGUCUUUCUCUCACUUAUCAAUUAGCUCUUUGGCAUAAACUGCCGUGCUAAAGAACUGAAUUACAGGGAGAGCAGGAGACACAGGCGAAAAUGCAACAUCCCCCCCCCAAAACACACAAAAACACACUCUUGUGUUUCUUUUAACUCCCUUGUGAAUUUCUUUCCUUUUUUUUGUGUUUCUUAUUCCCUCCUUUGAUUUUUUUUAAAACUCAUUUAGUGUAUCUUGUCUCCAAUUUUUUCCUUUUUGUCUCUUACAGCCACCCUUGUAAAUCUCAGCUGUCAGCACAGGAGUACUGAGGGAGGGGGCAUAGCUAACUACCAUGCUCCCUCGCGGUUCCCAUAAUUCCCAGCAUCUACACAUCAUAGAGUAAUCACUGCUCUAUGAUGUGGUUGGGCUGGGAAUUGCUCAGUCCUCCUGUGCUGACAGCUGUACUGCUGUCAGUAUCAGUGAGUGUGACGCCGGACCGGUAAGGCGGCUGCCUGGCACACUCCCUGAUAUUGACAGCAGUCAUACACCACAUGCGAUGGGUCCGCUGGCCACAAGGUGACCCCCUCAGAGUAUGCCAACAGACCAGCUACCCAGCAGCACCUACAUGCGGCCGGUGGCCACGAUAUUAUUGAAAACGGCCGCUGGGCUCCUUCUCUAUAGGGAGUUAGAGUUGUACAGCCCCCAGGUGCCGCGGCCCACCGGGAAAAUUCCCGGUAUCCCGGUGGGCCAGUCCGGCCCUGACGUUGAACAGUUUAGAUAUUAAUUACAUUGAACUUUGGUGCUACCAUCUGAUGCUCAGCAGUUGAACUCAGGAAGACAUCCUUGGAGUGACUCUGCUGAGAUUUUAAAGGAAUACUCUAAGCAUCAUAACUACUGCAGCUCAAUAUACUGGUAUAUGGUUAUGGUGUCAGGAGUCUGUGGUUGCCAUCCUCCCGUUUUCUGUUAAACCUUUAAGUGGUUUGACAAAAAAACAUGUCUCUCUUACCCCCUCACAUGCUCUUUAUAUAAAACAGAUGUUUUAUUUCAGUAUUACCAUCCAGGCCAUCUAUUGGCUAUCUAACUUGACAGACUGCAUGCUCUGGGCUAUCCUGCCCUGCCUCUCACAGCCUGUUUUUUUUUAAAUAACUCAAAAACAAAAGGAGAGAAAGAGAAAGUCACCCAAUGAUUUCUUGCUUAGUAACCCCUACAAGUAUCUGUAAUAGUUAUGGUGCUUAGGUGCCCAUUUAAGGCUGUAUGCUUACGUUAAACUUUGUACAGUAAAAUGUCAUAUAUAUAUAUAGGAUAAGAAAACUAUAUAGAACACAGACUUAUUCUGUUCUCUAAAACCAAGAGUAUUUUCAUCUUUUUUUUCCUGAAUCAGUAACCGUGUAUGUAGUUUAAAUUGCUGCUCUAUACUUUUAUUUGACGCUGUCUCAUAUAAGUGUCCAUAUCUCACAUUCUUUAAUCUAUUUCCAUAUACAUUCAAAGUACAAUCUCUAAAAUUAGAACCAUACAUUGCACUUUGGAAUAUCUUUUCUCACACAAGGAAUUCUGUGUUACUUUUACAUAUUAAUAUUUUACUAUAGAACUCGUGCAUAUAUUAUUACUCUGUUUGUAAUUCUAUGUUGUUGUUUUUUUUUUUUUUAUCCGUGAGACCAGUGAAGAAAAAACAUUAUGGCUCUAUAAUAUGUAGUAUCUAGAUAACAUAGAUCCUCUGUCUUCACCCUAGCUGCAUUUCCCUUCCCAUUUUUUCCCUUUUGAAAUUGUUAACUUAGAAAAAGGUUCUUAAAACCUACUGUAUCAGCUCAUUUGCUCAAUGUAUCCAGAGUUGCGGUAUUUGACGCUAUAUAAAUAAAUUAUGCAAAUAAACUAUAAUAUAGCCUGUCUAUGAAAGUAAUUCUAUAUUAUGCAUAUCAAUAUAUUUUGAAUUAUCUGCCCUUUAUUUUAACUAGCAGAACACGUCUUCACCUGUAUGGUGAUCAAUGUCGUUCAUGCUAACAGUGCGCGGUGUGGAGACCCCUAAUCUGUUGUCUGGGUGAGUAACUCCCACCAAUCUGGGACAGACACAAACAUGCAUGUUCCAGUGUUGUCCUAGGAGUAAGGACACCUAACACUAAUUAAAUAAAAAUCAUGUAAUGUAUAAUAUACAUAAUGUUUACAUGUUGUUGGAGAAUACUAAGCCAUUAUGUGAUGCUGGUGAUAUAUGUAAAUAAUUAGACCUUUUGGCCCCAUGCGUUCUAAUGACCAGGACCCUCUGAUGCCUUAUUUUACCAUAAACAUCUCAUUGUUAUGUGUCCUCUCUAUAAAAUAAACACACAAUCCGUUCUGCAUUCCUGCACUCAAGGCAAGCAACAGAAUAAUAUAUGGUGAAAUGGCACUCACAAAAUCCUGACUGCAACGUGUGUACAUUUGUGAGGACACAUAUUACAUUAUUACACAGAAAAGUAUAGCCAUCUUUAAAUUGAGAGUAAUGCUUACUGAGAAGGUGAGUUAGUUGGCAUUUUAACAAAAGGCGGAAUGUGGUUUCCGGUUAUCACUAAAGUACUUUAAUUUGAUUUGAUUCAAAGUAUGUAUGAUGUAGACAAGGACUGUGCAUACCUUUUUGUUUGACAUUUGUUUUAUUUAUUUCACUUCAUUUUGCCUAUGAACUGCAUUGUUCCUUCAAUUGCCCUCAGCGUAAUGUUGCUGAACAGGUUCUUUGUGAAGAUAAUUUUAAUUCUAAUUAGUUUAAGGGUGGUGGAGAAUACCUGCAUUCAUUAUAAUGACUGGGCGUAGGAAACAACAAAUAAGACAUUUUGGAUAUCUCGUUGAAGCUCUCAUCUGGGGCAUUAUUUAAAACUAGUCUGCCAGAUGUCUUGACACUCAAUCUAGGCAGGCUGCUGUUGUAGACAAGGCCGAAAAUGUGGAAGAUGUUAAUGGAAGCUAAAAAAAAAAAUACUGGCCAGGCAAAUCACAUACUAGGACAGUCAUGGGUUCCCCAUGACUAACCUAGUCUAUGAUUGGCCUGACCAAGUGGGCAAUGUUUGCAGUUUGAAAAUUGUCCUAAAUUAUGCCAUUGUAUUCUUGUUAAUUCUAUAAAAUGUCUGGUUUAUUGAAAAAACCCUCUGUAUGCAUAACUGUAAUUAUUACAUGUUUGUAUAUAUUUUGAUGUUAAAUAUGUAACCUUGCAAUUGCAUUAUGAAAGCUUUUAAAAAAUAGAAAAAUAUCACAAUGUAUCAUUUUUGGACACUAUUUGACAAAAUAAUACAAAAUAAAAAUAAAAAAUGAAACGCAACAAUGUUACAUAUAAUCUAUAAUUUGUUUUGCUAAAAUUAAAACACAUUUUAGUUCAAAUUCAAUGUUAGUCAUUUUUUUUUAAAUUCUUCUCAUUAUUUUCUUUCAAAGAAAAACAGUUUCACUUUGGUUUGUUCAGUGAGUUGGGGUUUGGAAAUUAGUGUGUGAAUACAUAUAUGUAAAUAUUUGUACAGUUUCUUAUUUACAUUAAAUUAUGUAGAUAAUUUCAAUCAAUUAUGUGCUGGCUCAGCUUUGAAAUAGUUUAAAAAAUAUAUACUUUUCUUAAAGUCACCCAAACAACUUGGUCAAACAAUAGUCCUGAAGUCUCAAUACUCUAAUCUCUCACACAGCCUGCAUAGGGUCAGGAACACAAACAUGUUUUUCUGACCUUAUACUGUUAAAACCACCAUCUAGCCCCCCUUAUCCCCAUAAUUAUAGUAAAACCUUACUUUUAUUCAAGUCUGCUGCUGCUGGCUCUGCCCCUGAUUUGCUUGCAUGACUGACAUAAUCAGAAGUGAUUCUUUGAGCCAAUCACAAUGCUUUCCCAUAGGAUUGGCUGAGACUGUUAGGGGCAGAGCCAGCACAAGCCAAACACAGCCCUGACCAAUCAGCAUCUCCUCAUAGAGAUGCAUUAAAUCAAUGCAUCUCUGUGAGGAAAGUUCAGUGUCUCCAUGCAGAGGGUGGAGACACUGUGCAGCACUGCCCCAUGACGCACCUCUAGUAGCCAUCUGAGAAGUGGCCAGUGGAGGUAUCCCUAGGCUGUAAUGUAAACACUGCCUAUUCUCUGAAAAAACAGUGUUUACUGCAAAAAGCCUGAAGGGAAUGAUUAUACUCACCAGAACAAAUACAAUAAGCUGUAGUUGUUCUGGUGACUAUAGUGUCCCUUUAACUUACUUUAAAAGUUAUCUCCUGCUCUGUAAAUUGACCUUUACACACAAGAGGCUCCUGCAGAGUCUAGAAGGCUAUUAUCAGACCAGUAGAUUCUAAAUUAAACAUACUGUGCAAUAAAAUAAGUAUUAAACAUUCGAUCUCUCCUUACAGGAACUCUUUUGGAAGGUUGUGCAAUUCCACAAAAAAUACACCAAAACUGCCUAAAUAAGCUAUUGUUGGUUUGAUGCCUAUAGCAUCCCUCUAAGUGAAUGUUGACAUUUGGAAAAAGUGUGCAUCAUUUUUUUGUUUUUUGUUUAUUCCUUGAGGUUGAAUGGAGAGUAGUGAGCGUUUGAGUGUGGGGCUUGUUAUACUGAUUUUAUAUUGUAAGAAUGGCUUGCUUUCUUUGAGUUGCAAUCUUCUUUUAUAUGUAAUGGAAGCAAAUUAAAUGUGAUCACUUUGUCACCUUGACUGACAUACUCAGAUUUGAUGAUCUCAACCAAUCCAAUGCAUUCCCACUGGAAAAGCUUUUGAUUGGCUGAGAUUGUCAAGGAGAUGAGGCAGGGGUAGUGUCAAACCCGGCCUGGCCAAUCAGCAUCUCCUCAUAGAAAUGCAUUCAAUCAGUGCAUCUCUAUGGGCAAAGUUCAGCAUCUCCAUGCUCUGAACGUAGAGGUGCUGCACACUGUGCAGCACUAUUCCAGGAAGCACCUUUUGUAGCCAUCUGAGGAGUGGCCUCUAGAGGUGUUCCUAGACUGUAAUAUAAACACUGCCUUUUCUCUGAAAAGACCAUGUCUUCUGCAAAAAGCCACCAGUAAAAUAUACAAUAUGCUGUAGUUGUUCUGGUGACUAUAGUGUCCCUUUAAAUAAAUCUCAGGUUCACCAAAUAAAUCUGGUCAGGGAAGAAAACAAAGUUUAUACAUAGGGAUCUGAAAUGCAAUCCCAAUGUUUUUCCCUCAUCUAACAGGGUUGCAGCAAUCAAUUAUGGACCAAAAUCAUGCCACUAUAGACUAAGGUCAUCACAAUGCAUACUGCAUUGAUCAUAUGCCCUGUAUUUGGUAGUACUAUACUGUUAAAAAUAGACUUCAGUGGGCAGAGGGGUUGACUUUCCCUAAAAGACCCAGACUGAUGUUUAUAUGCCACUUAUUACAAUUCUACAAAAGUUUUAUGAUUUUGUACUUUAUUUUUAAGUCUCUAUUUACUAAAUAAUGAAUUAUAGUUAAUUCAAAUCUAUAUUCCAGAAUGUAGGCCAAAGUAGCUGAGCUGCAAAAAAAAUGGACACUUUAACUAUGUCACAGUUUGGCUAUCUAAGCCUCAAUCACUGUUAAGUGAAUAAACCCUUCCCCUUAUAGUUUCAAACACUGACCGACUGUUGUCUAAAUUUUGUCUUCGCAGAUACGAGUAAGUGAAUGCCACGCUAAGGCUCCAGUAAGAUGGAGGAAAUCCCUUCACUCUUGUGGGGAUUGGAUCCAGUGUUUUUGGCAUUUGCAAAACUCUAUAUAAAAGACAUUCUGGAAUUAAAGGAGUCAUAUCAGGUUCCAGGUAAGUGUUUAAAUUAUUUAUGGGAAGUUAGUCUAUUUAACUAGCUUGUUUAUGGCUGUUACAGAGCUGGCAGAGGGACCCUCACUUUUAUACAAUCAUCUUUGGAACAUUUGUUCAUUUAAACCAGCUCUCUGCUUUUUAUUAAAUUUGGAUUUGGAUCAUUCAGAAUCCAUUAUCAUUCAGCCACUGGAUUGUAAUUUACCACAAUAUUAAUAAUAUCAUUGCACUUAACCAAGAAAUGUACAAUCAGCUUCUCACUAAGUGUUCUGGGUUCUAGAUAUUUUGCCCAACUAAACAGUGACCUCAGAAUUCUGCAAGCCUAGUUACCCUUGCUUUGAAUCAGACUUGUAAUCUGAGAUACUGCAGCUGAAGACCAAUUUUCUUUAGAGUGACACUUAACUGUUAGAAAUCACAGUUUGUACAAUGCUCAAACAUUGUUUAUUGGAUGUCCUCAUUAAACGGUGUUAUGUCUUUUACUUGCUGAUGAUGAUAGGUUUGCAAGCAGUCCUCCGUUUGUAAGUCUUAUAACAUUUGGGCUAAAUAGUGUAUUCCCACAUUUCUUGCUACUGCAUUCAAUGUUCCACAGUAAAACACAUUAAUCAUUCCAUUUAGUGCACAGGUCUGGGUAGUAUAUGCUCUGUUUGCAUACAGUUAUUGGCAGGGAGUCACACAUUUUAAAUUAUUAGGCUUGGUAAAUUAUAGAAAUUACUAACACACUCAACCAAUAGUUUAAAACUCAUAAAUUGAACGUCUCAUUACACAGUGACACUUUAUUAAACAGAACAAUAUUAUAUAUACAUUGUGUAGGAAAUCCCAUACACCUAUCAAACAAUAAAAAUAAUCCUGUAUACUUAUGGCUGGAGUUCCCACCUCAAUUACAAUUCAGAGACACGGCCCUAAUAUCUCAUAUAGCACUGGCAGGCAGAUCACUCAAAGUCAGAGAUGUGUCCAACAGAAAAUUUUUACGAACGUAUAUCAUUAACUACCCCGAACCAACGGAGCAAAAUUGCCAGCAUUUGGGGAAAAUGGAGUAACCAACAUCCCACACCCUCCGGGUCAUAAGCGUAGACACGAAUACCUAGAUAAUACAUAGCUUACACCCACUACUAAAGGAGACAACAUUGUUAGAAUCCUGGUUAGUCACUUCACUCUUCACUGUUACUUACUUUAUCUAUGAUUUUGUUUCUACUUAUGUUUGUAUCGUACUGAUGCUUAAAAAAUAAAUAAAAAAUGUUUACUUCAACUGAAUCGCGGUUUCAUUAUCAUGCAUGCCACAUGUCAUACAUCACCUAUAUUACUCCUCAUGUUAUAUGGGUACAUUGGAGUGGGCUGAACUCCUGAGAUAGAGGGGGUAGGUGUCAUGUAAUGUCAGCCAACUGUAAGAACUCAAUACAGGAUAACCAUGUCCAAUCACUGCUGCUUCUAACAUGUAUUUAUCAGCUGUUGUCAGAACCGUUCAUUUUUACAGUUAUGAUAACUCACUGCAAUUAGUUGUGCAUGCUGUGGAUGUUACUGUGACAAUUUCUGUUUGUCAAUAACUGAAUUUAAAUAAAUUAAAAAAAAAGAAUCCUGUGUUAAAUAGACUAACACUGAUGAAAUCUGCACUUAUACACAAAGUAUAAACAGAGGGAUUAAAAAUAAAAGAAGCAAAAAAAAAAAUAGAAGAUGCAGUAUAUGUUAAAUUUAUUAAAAAAAAUUCUAUUUGUCUUUUCUUUUCUACUAAUUCUUUCUGUAUGAAUUUCAUAAACAAAGCUUUCCUAUGGGCUAGUCUGUUGUUAAAGAUUUGAUUUUAUAUUCAUGUUCCUCUAGAAUGGAGGCAUAAACCAUUUACCCACCAUUUGGUUCACAGCUCAAGCUUUCAAAAUGAUUCAAAUCUGUAAGAAAAACUUAUCUACAGAAGUCAACGUUAAAGUCUGUGAAAUAGUUUGUAAAUAAAUAGUGUGCUUUGAUUUUCUAACAGACUUGAAUCAUUUGGAAAGCAUAUUAAAUUGAGGCCCAAGUAAAAAGAAGUAGCCAAUAGAGGUGAACAAAGAGGAGCAGAUGAUUUAAAUAUAGAUUUAUUUAAUUUUUUACUGCUCCUUUUUUUCCCCUUUGGUGGUUACUUCUCGAUUGAUCUGUGAAUAAAAUCAACACUUUGAGGAUGUCAUCUAACCGUCAAUCAGCUUUUUUUCCCCAUUAAUCAUCUCUCUUUUUUGGCACCACAAGCGGAACUCUGAAUCACAAAUCAAAUGAAACGACUGGUCCAUUGCUGGUUUAAUUUGUUUUGCGAUUCGCCGAUUAGGAGUUACAGAAUUGGGACAACUUGCAAAUCUCCCAAAAUUUAGAUGAAUUGCAAUUAGUUUUAAAAAAAAAUUCACAACUGUAGUACUUACUAUCUGUAUGUCUGACUAUAGUGUCUCUUUAAUUCUAAAUAUAGUAAUUUUUACUUUAACAGGUAUCUUUUUCUACAAAGAACACCCUAUAAAGCAGGUGGAUAUCCUGGGAACAAUAGUCAGCGUGCGAGAGAAGGAUAACUUUUACAGCUAUGGCGGUACGGAAAUAUUCUUUUGGGGGGUUUAAAAGUACUUCAGUGUGAGUGAAGUGUCUCUUCUUAAUAUACAUUUUAAUUUAUAUUUGUUUGCAAUGUAUUGUGACCAGUGAAUUGUAGUGAGAUGGUAACGUUUAUAUUGAAAUUGGAGAAAAAGCAAAAUAACUGAACUUUUUUCGUGUUUGAUACUGUAGUCUAAACUUCGCAUUUUCCUUUGUAAGUUUGCGGCAGUUUAGUGUUAGUAAAUAAGACCAUAAGUCACUCUUGACACUUUUUUUAUUCCUUUUACACCAUGGUAGAUGAUAUUUGUUUAUACUUAACUUUUUUAGCAUCAGCCUUCCUAAGCAAAUCAGAACUAUUUUGCAUAAAAUGACAAUUUUGCAUCUGCUUAUACACAUAACCACUAGGUUGAAAGUCAAGGGUCUGUUGUUAAAGGAACACUAUAGUCACCCAGAGCACUUUAGCUCAGUGAAGUGGUCUGGGUGCCAGGUCGCUCAGGUUUUACCCUUCAGAUGCAAACAUAGAAGUUUCAGAGAAACUGUUAUGUUUACAUUUGGGGUUAAGCCAGCCUCUAGUGGCUGUCUUACGGACAGCCACUAGAGGCGCAUCUGCCACGCUGGAGGCAUAAUAUGCCUCUAUCGUGCAGAGCGUCCAUAGGAAAGCAUGCACAUUCGGCUCCGCUGACGUCGGCAGGGGAGGAGAGGUCACCAGCGCCGAGGGAGCCCAGCUCUGGAAUAAUGUAAGCUGCUGAAGCGGUUUGAACCUUCAGCGCCAAGGGAGGGGGACCCUGAGGGUGGGGGCACUAUAGUGUCAGGAAAACCACUUUGUUUUCCUGACACUAUAGUGAUCCUUUAACCUAACAAAAGUCAUUAUUAUUAUUUAACAUGUGUCAUUUAUUAUUAUUCACAAAAUACAAUGUUACACAGUGCUAUGAGUCAUACACACAUGCAAUGUAUGUAUUAACAAUCAGUGCAGUGGCUUUUUGAUGGACAGCAGAUGUUUGGAAUUUAUGGGGGGACCUCAGACUGAUGGCAAAUUUCAGAUUUUAGAUAAGGUUAUUGACAUUUGCAGAGUUCUGUAGUAGAAAGCUGUCAGACUCUCUUCUCCUUUGUGUAGUGAGGAAUAGAAAGCAAAAUUCUGGACAUGAAGCAAAGGAUAUGGGCAGAGCCGAUCAGGGCCGGUGCAAGGAUUUUUACCGCCCUAGGCAAAAAAAAUUUUGCCGCCCCCCCAUAUGUCCUGCCCACCAUGUGACAUCACAAUGCCCCGCCCGUAUGCUCUGCCAUAUGGGCCAACGCCAGUCUUCACAAAGUGUCUUUUAUCUGAAAAGACAGUGUGUUUACAUUAAAAAGCCUACAGGCACAGGCUAUAGACACCAGAAACACUACAUUAUGCUGUAGUGCUUCUGGUGACUGUAGUAUCCAUUUAAUGUGAGGUAAAUUAGAGAUUAGUGCCACUAAUAAUAUAUUGGAUUGCCUACUUACCACCAGAUAAGGACGAGAGCCUGAUGAUGGGCUCAGUCUGGCUCCACUGGUCUGGUGUAGAAGAGGCUCUCUGGAGACUGUUUGUAACAGUGCUCACAACAAUUAACGAACAGGAAGCAGCUCCAUUUUUUUAGGGCCCCUUACAUAGCUCAAGGUCUGGGCCCCCGGGGCUUGACCGGGAGUAUGCCUACAAUGCCCACCCAUAAAUCCAGCUACAUGGCCCACCCAUGAGUUCUCUCACAGGAAGUGGAGUGUAUGUGUGCAGGGGAUGUUUUAUGUGUUAUUGUAGAGGAUGCAAUGUGUGUGUGUUCUUAUAGAAUGUAGUGUAUAGGGAUACCAAUUUCUUUAAGGGAUGUAGUGUGUUUAUAGGGGAUGCAGUGUGUGUUUGCGUGUAAGGAAUGCAUUGUAUGUUUCUGGGUGUGUGUGUGCAAGGUGUGUUUCUGUGUAUUUAAAUGAAUGCAGUGUGUGUCUGUAAGGGGUGCAUUGAUUGCGUAAGAGGUGCAUUUUGUUUCUGUGUGUAAGAGAAUGAGUGUGUGAACGUAAGGGAUGCAUUGUGUGUUUCGGGUGUGUGUGUGGGGGGGGGAUGCAUUGUGUAUGUGUGUAGUGUAAAAGAGAGGGUUUGUGGGGUAGGAUAGGGACUGAAAGGGGAGCAGCUUUUUCAUAGUGCUCUCCCCUCCUGUCAAUUAUUGAUUUCCCCUUCCCUCCUGUCCCUCCGUGUUCUCCCCUUCUGUCCCUUAGUGCUCUCCCUUGGCCCCCUGUAAUCCCCCCUUGGUGGUCUUCUCACUCCCCCCUCUCCCCCUUAGUGGUCCUCCCUCUCCCAAACCCCUUAGUAGACAUUCCCCUCCUCCCCCACCCCCUUAGUGGUAAUCUCCUCCCCUCAGUGGUCAUUAUCCUCUUUCUCCCCCCCCCUUAGUGGUCCUUACCCUCCUCCCCUCUCCUUAGUGGUCCUCCCUACUUACCCCCCUUUCCCCCCUUAGGUCCUCCCUCUCCCAAACCCCUUAGUGGACCUCCUCCCUCAGUGGCCCUUACCUCCCCUCCCUCAGUGGUCCUUACUCCCCACCCCUCCCUCCCCCUGUGUUCCUUCACCACCCUCCCCUGUGUUCCUUCACCCUCUUCCUCAGUGGUCCUUACUCCCUCCUUCCUCCCCCAGUGGUUCUUACUCCCCAGUGGUCCUACUCCCCUCCUGUGGUCCUUUCCCCCUCUCCUCCCACAGUGGUCCUACCCCCAUCCCUCCUCCCCAGUGGUCCCCCACCCUCCCAUCCUCCUCUCCUCCCCAGUGGUCCUUACUCCCUGUGGUCCUUACCCCCCCACUCCCCUGGUGGUCUUUACCCUGUGUGAUCUGUGGUGAUGCCGGGAGCCGAAACAUGAUGUUAUUCCAGCCCUGCAUCACUAUACAGCACAAGGGAGGAGAGAAGAGCAGGAAGAGCAUCAAAGCCACUGGACCCCAGGGAGAGGACCAUGGGGGGGAGCAGCUGGAAUGAGCAGUCAAUUAAUUUUUAAGAUAUUGCUACUGGGAUUAACCUUAAAGGGGAACUGUGAUUUAUCUGGAAUGUAUACAAUUGAAUAUAACAUUGAAAAUCACUAAUAACUUGUGUUAAAGGACUAAUAUUUUUUCAUCUCACUAUAUAAUAGAUAUACCCCAAUGAAUACAUGCAUGUAUUCAUUGGGGGUAUAUCUUCCUAUGAAAUGCAGCUUUUGCAAACCCAACCUUUUUUUCCCUGGAAGAGACUUUCAAUGUCUUCAUUGGGAAAUAGCUUAUCAGAGGUAACUAAGACGCUUCUUAGGGUAUCCUUCGUGGUUGCGCACGCAAGUCUACUUGUGCUCACGUCUGCUCCUGCACAUGCGCGCUCACUGUGCACAGCGUUCAGAAAGAACACUGCUCUGAUCUGAGGUCUAAGAGGAGGAAUGUGUGGGAGGCAGGGGGAGCUAAUGAAAACUGAAAGAAAGACAGCCAGUGGGUGUUCCAUUAGUUAUGAAUAAAAGUGCAGAUUUCUCAUAGAAACCGUCACUUUUAUAAAGUUCCUUUUAAAUGGGAUCCUCCACCCCUAUAGCAAGCUGAAGUGCUUUAUAGGUGCGCAAUGGUCCUUUAACCUUUUUUUCAUGAGAUCCUCCAUUUUCUUUUACAUUUCUCUGAGAGAUUUGACAAAUGACUCUGUAAUCUAGUACAAACAAGGCAAGGCAAACGUAGCAAAUGAAUUUGAGAAAAAGAAACAUUGUUUCAUUUCUCUGCUUUUCUGCUUUGGUGAUGCUGUAUCUGUGCUGACUGCCAGGUGGAAAGGACUGCGCUUGUAACAAUGACUGACAGGGAGCUACGAUGACGGCACCAAGUUGCAGAAUAACAAGGUGUGGAUCUCUACAUUUCAUUAUAUUUUCCACACCUCAUUGAUCCACGUUUGAUAAAUAUAAGGAUAAGUAAACACAAUAUCACUAAACCUGAAAGAUGACAGCUCCCCUUCAAACAAAGCAACAAUAAUGAGUUUGCAUUGUUGCAUGGUUCUUAAUGUUUUUAACCCCGAUAAUGUCUUUCUAUAUAUUAUCUGCUGGAUGCAGUUAAUAUUAUGUGAGUGCUGUCAGGUUGAUGAAGCUUACACUGCCUGCCUCUAAUCCACUCAUUGGAUCAGACUGAUAAACUGGAUUAGCAUGUUUCAUCUUUUACAUUCUACCAUGGCUCCAUCCGUGCCUGUUUCGUAACAUCUCACUGCCAUUGUUUGGGCUCUUACUUCACCCUCCUAAUAUAUUUAGGCUCGCUGCCAAGCUGCCCUACCCUUCCUUUUCCUCCUCAUCUAUUUAUUUGACGCCAAGUAAUGGCAAUGCUUCCUGUUCAGCCUUGUCUUUUCUUUCGCUGUGAGUGAAGUAUAGGCUGCACAAAUUAAAGGGACAUGUAGUCACCAGAACCACUACAGCUUAAAGGGACACUAUAGGCACUUCAGCUCAUUGAAGUGGUCUGGGUGCAGUGUCGCAGGCCCUUUUACCCUGUAAUUGUAAUUAUUGCAGUUUUUGAUAAACUGCAAUAAUUACGUUGCAGGCUUAACUCCACCUCUAGUGGCUGUCUACCAAACACUAUAGUUUCUCUUUAAUAUAGCGGGUCUGAUGUCUAUAGCCUAUCCCAGCAGUCUCAGCACUGUAAACACUGCCUUUUCAGAGACACUCAGACAGUUACUAGAGGUGCUUCCUGGGUCAGUGCAGCACCUACAUUCAGCAUCAUUGAUUCAAGGCACAAGAGCCUCCCAAUGCUUUCCUAUGGGAAAGCAUUGGAUUGGCUGAGAUAAUCAAGUUUGAUGAUCUCAGCUAUGGAUGCGGUGCCAGCCUUGGCGAGACUGGCGUGACAUAGAAGAAAAUGUGAGAAAAAUCGUUACUGCUCAAUUAGGGGGCUGGUCACCUAAGCAAUCACUUCAGCACUAUAGUGUCAGGAAUACAUGUUCCUUUAAUGCAUCACUUAUAAUUCUGACUUUUUAUAUACAGUAGGAAUAUCCCUCACUCCAGCAUCUUCAGCUCAAUAUCAAGUCAAUUUUCCAUAUCUCCCUACAGUUUCGGGUUUGAUGAGGCAGUCACAAAUUCAGGGUUCUAGCUCUCUGUCCCAGGUUUGCUCUCUGGUGUGCCACGGAACACACUGUUAGUGCAUGAUAAGAUAUACUCAAGGUGGGAAUAGGGCUAGCCAGCUCAGCAAGCAUUCAGACAUCCCUGUUAUUUUUAGACUUUGAGCAUCGCGCUUUGGAUGACACCAGUGACUAAAGCAAUGUCACUUGCUUGCCCCCUAUGGGACCGCCCCCCCUCCCCGUGUACAGGUUGUAUCUUCCUAAUGGCUGAAUUAUGGUUUUCACAAGAUGAAACUUGGUGAAAUAGUGAUUUUUAAAGAUCUUUCUUUCAUUGACUAUUAUUUAUAAACUCUGUGUACGGUGUCUUUACAGCAGUGAUGUCUAACCUUGGAAAUUUACCACACAAAAAUGUACAGUACCCCAGUUCAUUCUGAUUGCUCUUAGUACUCACAUUUUCGUUUCAUUACAGGGAAAGGAUCCUGUAGCUAAUGAAAACGGAUUUGCUUGAUUCAGGGAGUCUGUCGAUUCCUGUACAAUAGAAAUGUUUUCGAAAGAGUAAGGUGCUAACAUCGUCAAAAGGAAGCAAACCCAGUAAAUAUAUAGAGAAGUGCCCUUAAAAGGCUACUCCAAACAAAUAAACUGUGUUUUAAUACAAAAAUCCUUCCUAUCCUUCCACCCCCAAACUUAAAAAUAAGCAAAUUAAAGGUAAAACCUUUGCUUAAGUGCUGGGGCCAUGUUCUUCUGACAAUCUGAUGCCUCUCCAGUGAUGUAGUCGGAGGAUAUGGACAGCACAGAGGGGUGCUGCCGCCAUUGGACGCUUGUCGCUAGCAUGUUGUACGUGUUUACAUCAGAUGUUCAAUACACACAGAAAUUACUCUUGUUCUGGGCUGGCAAAGGACACUACAAUAAUGCUGCCAGACGUGGAGUUACAAUUCUGGCAGAUAUCAAGUUAAACUCUAUAUGGGCAACUUUUCAUAGCCAACCACUGCACAUGCAGACUUCAGGCACCAUGACCACUUCAGAUCAGUGAAGAUUGGAGUGAACCCUUAAAUUUAUCAAAAUAUGGGAAACAAUGUGGACUGUCCUUUUUUUCUGUUUAUUUUUACACUUUUUACACUCCUUCAUCCUUCUCCACACUUAUUUAAAAGUUGUUAUUCCUAAUUAUCAAUAAUAUUAUGUAAUUCUGUGUUGUGUCUGCUCACUAUACAGCGCUACGGAACAUAUUGAGAUUUUAUAAAUAAAUGUUUUAAAUCAUAUUGUUUUCCAAGUCAAAAAUCUGAAUAUAAACACAAAGUAAAUAUGCAAGUCUUAUGAUGUUUAUGGAAUUCAUUUUGUGCGUUUCUGUCUGUGACUCUUGCAGUGGACGAUAGUACUGGCGUGAUCAGCUGCACCUGUUGGAAAAGCACGGUACCAACGUCCGAACCCAGAUCAGGUUAGACAUUGAAUAACAGAAUUAGAGUUGGUCUCUUUAUUAAUGAUCUUGCAUUAAAAAGAAUGUGGUUAUUUGUUAUUUUCUAACACUUCUUAUAUAGCCUUCUUAUCCAAAGCAUUUUACAUUGUAUGCAAAAAAGUAAUAUUUUUCAAACAGAGGAUAUAUAAUUAGACACAAAAGGAGAAGAGAAUCCGUCCACCUGGGCUUUAACUUCCUGCAAGAUAAUGUACAAGAAGGCAUAUGAGCUACAAUCUAGGGACAAUAUAGUCCUGGACAUAUUUGCAUAGAAGUAAAGAAGUUUGUAUUAAUUUAUUUUGCAUGGUUCUAUUUAAAAAUUAAUGUAAUUGGUUAUGAAAUCUGGGGUGGACUGCCUUCUAGUGGUGGACUUAUAUGCACCAUGCUUGGUGAAGUCUGAUUAAUAUAAUCAUAAAUAUAUUUUAUAGCUGUUUUAUUGCUUAAUACUGAUUUUGAAACAAUAUAUUGGUUCUGAAUAUUGUUAGCUACUUAUAGACAUUUGUGGCCACCAAUUCCUAGCUUCUUAAAUGUCCAGUGGCUGCUUUUAUCAGACUUAAGUCACAUCACGUGUUAUUACACAUGACAGUCUCUAGCUCUACGGAUUAAUAACAUAAUUUUAAGAAUUUAACAAACCUGUCUACCAACUGCACAACAUGCGAUUUCUUGUGAGAAGUAUUUAGAUACCCCUGUCAGUCUCCAAUGAUUCGUAACGAAUCAAAUAAUUUUUACCACCCUUGUUGUAUUGUAUUUCCCGUUCUUGCACAUUCCGAUACUGUAAACAGCAUGUGUUAGAACAAAUUCUGGCGUAUCUAUAAAUAUUUAACUAGGGUGAACAAUGGGUUCUCUUGUAAAUUACCUUGCGUUAUUCUGCAUGGGCUGUGAAUUAAUUUGUAGCCUCAUUGAAAGCAUUUUAUGCGCAUAUUUUAUAGGAAACAUAUGUUCUUAACAUUGCUGCAGAAACAAUAUUUUUGUGACUAAUCAAAUGAACAGAUGUUUAAGGAGGGAAAUGAGGGGCCAGUGUGGGUGGGUGAAGGGGUAAGUAUACAUUUGAUGAGUAUUCUUUUAACACACUUUCAUAAUAUAUUCUUUGCUUUCUCUGUUAAUCUUUGAUAAGACAAUGAUAAACUACAACACAGAGGUCUGGACUAUAUUCUAGAGUUCUACGUAUGCCAAAGCAUAGGUUUUGGAUCCCUUGCAAAAUAACCAAUAUGUUGUUAAAAUUACACAUGCCCAUUGUUGAAAUUACACAUCCCUAGGCUUACAAGCACCCUAUAUAAAAUCAUGGUCGCACCAAAAUUGUUUUUGCACGCUACAGAAGUUUUGAUUUGUCCAUUAUUAUAACGCAGGUAUAUUCAGUAUGGUAACAUUAUAUAUUGGCAAAUUGCUUGCGUAUGUAGACCCAGGAGUACCCCAUGCACCCUUACAGUUUGCAUCCCCUUUAUCCAGAGGGGAAACCAGAAUUCUGCUUGUUGCAAUUACAGUCAGCCAGGAGACAGAUACUUUGCCUGUGUCCUCGGAGGUAGUUUUAUAUAAAGCUCGAAAUAGUAAUCAGAGUAUUGGAGCUUUCAAGAAAGUAGCAAAUGUCCAGUUAGGCAGAGCAAACAGUAGACAGAGGAGAGAGACAAUAUGGUCCAGGCCCAGAGUUCUGGACUGCCAAUGCCAUGUGCGCUGUGGGUGCAAUUAGCACCUAGUACAGAAUUAACAAUAAGUCAAUAUCUGCAGUAUUUGAAGCUGAAACAUUGUACAUGCGUACUCCUACCACCAUAACCACUUCAAAUCACGGAAGUGGUCACGGUGGAUGGAGUAACCCUCUAAGUAUUUUAGGCACUCCAAAAUCUAGGUGUGUCUUUUCAGCUAUAUAUUAGCUAGUGUUGUCACUAAUACAUUGUAUAGUUUACAUUUAACAUUCUAACAACACUUGAUCUUUUAAUUUACACAUAAAUCCAGCAUUCCUUUUUGUGCAACAGAAUUUGUUUUUUUCAGGACCAUUACCUUAGUUAUGUUGUUUAUUAUUAAAUCCUACCUAUGCGUGCACUUUUCGUUGGGUAUAUUGUAGGGCCAGAUCUUAACACCAAAGACUGUGAGGCAGGCACAGUUACUCCCUAAAUUCUAAAUGUUUGCAAAUGAAAGUCAGAAUUGUGACAUUGUGGCUAAAACAACUGUGACUCUAGCUUACAUGGAGAAUUUUUCCAAAUCUCCUAUUUUGGGGCUUCAUUAUACCAAUUAGUCAACCCCGAUGUGACCAAAAUGGAAGCUUGUGACAGGUGGUCUUCUCCAGUGGAGAGACAGUGUCAGUUCUUUGUUUCUAAAUAAAAAUGAACAAACUAUAUUUAAGAAAGAAGAAAAAGUCUCAUCACACAGAUUUUUGGGGAUUCUCUAAAAGUCCUCAUUGGUUCAUCGCAUGCAUAGACCUCAAAUGCCAAUAGGUUUCCUUAAAUCUGCUGUUUUACUUUUUCUCAUUCUUUAGUGGUGACAUAAUGAGGUCACAUUGAGCCCUUCUUUUUAUCCUAGUUUAUCCAAGCACAGAAAAACUGAUGAAAUGUACAGUAACUUAAUACUCCUUAAUGUUCAGUCAUUUCCAUUCAGGCGGAUAUAGAUUUUCCGCAUUGGCACUUGAAAGUAAAAUAUCCUUAGAAAAAGGUUAACACUGGCAUUUGCUUUUAUUUUUGAUGAGAACCCCAACUGUUUUAAAGAAUUGUUUUAAAAAAAUAGUUAUUAUAAAGUUCGAACUACUGUUUUUUUAAAAUAUUUCGUUAUAAAGCCAGGUUGGAAUCAUGUCAUCGGGUCGAGCACAUCUGUAAUACAUCUUCCGCAUUCUGCAGAGGGAAAACUACCUUUUGAUCCUAUUUAAUUGUUUUCAGAGGUUAGGGUUCACCAAAGCACAUCUGGCGCUAAGGGAUUAGAUGAUCUGAUGCAAGAGCUAUACAGAGAGGAGGAGCAGAAAGCCAGGAUGGAACUAGGUGAUGUCAUCAGAGUUCGAGGUUACAUUAAAGUGUUCCGGGGCCAGCGAGAAAUUGUGGCGUCAAUGUUUUGUAAGUGAACAUGUUUUAUCCUUUAUAUUAACCUUUGCAAAUGCAUACUUUUAUUUUAAUGUUUCUUCAGACAACGUAAUAGUUUUGCCGACAGUAAUUAUUAAUGAGCAGGGUCUUCCGUGGGUUACUGUGCAACGAGAUCCCCAGUCUCCCACCAUUUCAUAUUUUUUAAUUGCAUCACUUUGCAACAAUCACUUCAUGUUUAUGCCUUGUCAGCCUGUCCAAGUAUUUAAACGGUACAUGAGCUGUGCAACAGUUUGAUCCAAAUCCACCUUUCCAACAGGUGCAAAGCAGUUACAUACAUCCCAUUUGAUGAAUGUCACUGCUGGCAUGUGCUGAACUACAUAUUGUCUUAGAGGUUAAGAAUAAGGAAAAUAUUCAGCUCCCACUGUAGACAUUAGGACAACUAGGAAUAUCUAACAGGUGUCAACCUUUUUCUUUAUAUUUAAGAGCUGACUGUAGACAGCUGCCAAUCUUGGGGAUUUGCUGGAAACACAAGACCUUUAAGGGUGACUUUUUAUUGAUUUAUUUAUUAUUGUAACUAUUAAAUGGGGGUCUACUGUUCUCCUGCAAUCUGACUAGCUGAUUUUUCUCCAUAGAAUGCAUUUUUGGAGCCUUUGUGAACAAUCUCCUGUUAAAACUACAAAAUAUUGCCUUGUGUUCAAACCCAGCACCCCAAGCUAGAAUUUACUGUUUUAUAUCUCUAUUAUGUAUGAGUAAGUAUGUCUGAUUUAUUGCUCUUGGUUUUCUUUUUCUAGAUAAAGUGGAUGAUCCAAUGCUUCAUGUGCAGAUUGCAAGAAUGUUCGAUGUUCUAUAUCUUUAUAGAAAUGUCUACGACAAGCCUUUUAAAAUCCCGGAGCACAUGAAAGAUCCAUCACAGGAAGCAAAGUGUGUUCAUAAUUUCUUCAAAGUCAUUCCUUUAAUGGCUAUUGUUUUUUUAUUAUGAAUAUUAUGUUAAUAUGAUCAUGCUAUCAUUGUGGCUAUCCCACCGACAUAAUAGAAUAUGUAACAUUUUUGUUUGUAUUUGCAUUAAGGAAAUAUACCAUUUUCCUAUUUAAAAGGAUGAUUCCAUAUUUUUUAAAUAUAUUUUUUGUUUGCUUUAGUGAGACUAUUCUAUAGAUUAAAACCAAAUUAACAUAUUCUUUAUAUAUAUAUUCUUUAUAUCCGGACUAGUACAGAUUUAUUGGAACAGUUUAGGAAUUUUUUUAAUUUUCUUUUGAUUUAGUCUCUGCUUGCCCAUUCUUACUGCGGGAGCACUUAUCUGCAUUACAUGUGGAGAACACACCCACACAUACUUCUCACAUACUCCUAAGUCCAUGUUUAGGAAGGUCAGUGCCUAUUUUGGUCCUAAAUCCACCUGCCACUCUUUCUCUUAUGUCCUUUUUUAGGAGCUCCAAGCUUUGGUGUGUCGGUGUGUAUAACUAUAGCGAUAGCUGUUCACAGCAAUACACUCACCAUAAUCUGUUUUUAAGCCACAAUAAAUGUGUUUAGAAAUCAGUCUGUGUUAAGCUACUUGAGACCUGUUCUGAACUACAUUUUCAGUUCCAUAAAUGGGUAUCAGUAGAUCAUGAAGAUACGUUAGAUGUCCCAAGAAAGUCCCACCGCUGUCCAUAAGUCUGCCUUAAUCUCUAACAUUUAAUGUUGUUGUUCUUCUCAGAUGUUAAAAGUUGAAGUCCACAGCCAUCACAAUGCAGGGUGAAGGUAGAGGUAUUUUUAUGAAGAUCAAAGGACAAAGAAAUGCAACGUUUUAGCUUUUUGGCCAUAAUCGUGUAUGAUGAAGGCUGAAACGUUGUAUCUUUUUGCCUUUUGAUCUUCAGUAAAAUACCUUUACCUUCACCCUACUUUGUGACUCCUCUGGACUUCAACUUUUAUACUAUUCCUGGUGUGGAUGGCGGACCACCCUCCACAGGGCUCUAAAGUGCUUUUAACUUGUGUGCAGUACUCAUUGGACUUUUUAUAUAAUAAUGGAUUGUAGACAUACGUUCUAUGUCUCAAAAGUACACUAUAAUCACCAGAACAACUUGAGAGGAAAAUGCAGUGUUUACCUUAUAGCCUAGGAAUACCUUCACUGGCUACUCCUCAGAUGACUACUAGAGGUGCUUCCUGGGGCACGACUGCCAUUCAGUGUCUCCACCCUCUGCAUGCAGACACUGAACUUUCCUCAUAGAGAUGCAUUGAUUCAAUUCAUAACUAUGAGGAAAUGCUGAUUGACCAGGGCUGUGUUUGGCUUAUGUCCUUGACAGUAUCAGCCAAUCCUAUGGGAAAGCAUUGUGAUUGGCUCAGAGAACCACUUCUGAUGAUGUCAGCCAAGCAGUCAGAUCAGUAGCAGAGGCAGCAACAGCAGACUUAAAUACAAGUAAGAUUUUACUAUAUUUAGGGAGGCAGGGUGAUAGAUGGUGGUUUUGACACUAUAGGGUCAGGAAUACAUGUUUGUGUCCCUGAACCUAUAGUGCUCCUUUACAAUUCCAAAAAGAAAUGAAAAUGUUGUUCGUUUUGUGACUGGCAGUAAUAGUUUAUAUUUUAAAGAUUGCUUUAUUUCUUUUUUUUAGUGACCACAAGUUUGUUACCCUAUCCAGUCUCAUCUCCCUGCUCAGUGAAAAAAUCAAAGUCUUUCUAGUGGAGAACAAAAUCCAGAAUUUCUACCAGAGGGAAUUAGAAGGUGUUAGUUCCUUACUUGCUAUAGCAAAGACUCCAAUAGCUGAGGUUGGUUAAUUUUGAAAUGGGGCUUUUAUUUUUCAUUAUCUGUCCGGCUAGUUAUUAAAGAGCGUGUGUCAAAUAAAAAUGAACUGGUUGCACUGCGUGUGUAGUUGUGUUUGUGUGUGCACAUGUGCAAUAAUGUAUAUAUUUGUAUGUGUGUAUAUGUUUUUUUUCUUUGUUGUCAUUCAUUGUUCUUGGAUUUUGGAUUUUAAUGUUUAAGUUUGCCUGAAAAGCAAUCUACACACAAGCUUUCUCUAGUAUGUUGUUUGUAUACGAACUAUGCAUCCAUUGCUUUAAACAAAUGAUUUGAUAAUAUGUUUUUUCAUUCAAAAAGUGUUUGGUAGUGAAGUAGCUAAUGGUUUGACUACUAUAGCACAGAUUACAUAUUGAUAUUGCCUUUUUUAUCUUACACUAUAAGAAUAAUAAAAUGACUUAUUAUUUUAAGUCUCUUUUUUCCGCAGGGUGACUCAAACAUUACUUGUAACAUCAAAGAAAUUCACAAUAUAUUUAAGGAAGCCAUACACUUGUUACUAAAAGAGGGCAUUAUCUUCCAAAAAGGACAAAAUCGAGAUGUUUAUCAGGUAAAACCAUUAAUCUUUGAACAGAAUGCUCCUUAAAAAUUAUACUGGUUGGUAGAUGAAUCAAUGUAAUGACUGCUUGUAUCAGUGAGGCAACGUGAAGCUUCUUUUUAUGAAUUGCACGUGAAUCUGUAGUCAGAUUCUCAUCUCUUUUAAUGGUGACACACUUGGCUAAUUUGAAUUUGCUGCUUAAGAAGCAUCUACUGUAGGAUGAUGCCACGUGGCAUGGUAAUCAUAGGACCAAGUAGAUGUGUUAUGAGGAAAGCCUGACAUCCAAAGAUUUGCAUUUUAGUAAUGCUUCAGGGAUUCCUUAGAAUAGGCAUGUGUUGACAAAGUUCAGAGGCUGCGGUGUCGAUCAAGGAGCGCUCUGGGCCAGAUUUACACAAGUUUAUUGGACAAGGGCUUUCAACAAGGAUUAGGAUCCCACAAGACCAUAGGCUGGCUACUGAAUGGGUGCCAAACAAAUUAAUGGUUCCAGUGCCCUUGUCUACCCCAGGGCCUUUGGGAGCCACCUAAGAUCAUUUUAUGGAUAAUGCAGAUCUGCAAGACUUCAGUGCUUUGAAAUAAGACCUAAGCAGCCACAAUGUAAAUAUUCAAAUUUCCCCACAUUUAUUCCACACUCUACUUGUUAAGUAUUAGAGUUGCAUUUUUUUUUAUUUAUUAAUUAUUUCUCAGUCGCUCAAUAGUAUUCAUAUUGGACUGUAUUUGGUGACUGUGCUUCCUGAUGAGUGUGCAGCCAGAACAUUGUAACAUUGCAAUCAAAUAGGAGGGAGAAUUCAGAGUCCACCUGGAUCAGCAUCAGGUGUUUUAUAUGUCACAGUCAGAAUCUGUAACCGUUACCAUGACAACUCAAUUUAUUCAUAAAGCCCAUCAAACUGUCAGCUCCAGCAUCACGGAAUUACUCAGCUUUAUGUAGCUGUUAUGAAGUAGAAAGAAGAUUCAAAAACAAGCUGUAUGCACCCUGCUGCUGCUUUAAAUAAUUCAUUAAAAAAUUCCUCAUUCUCUGUACUGAAAGAAAAUCAGGUUAUUUUAUUCCAUGUAGUUCCACUCACCUGUGAGGUUGGGUUAGGACACAAACUGUUCUGAGAAGUACAUACAGAAGGGUAGGUAGGUGUUUAAACACUGAUCCUCUCACCUGGCUUUAGAAUCAUUAUUUGUGGUCUCAUCCUGGCCUUGGAGGAAAAUAAACUAUUACUGGUACAUUUAACCUAAAGUACUCAUAAUUGGAAUUUCUAGUAUUCUGUAGAUAAACCAUUACUAUAAAAAUGUGUAUAAACUUUAAACUUUUAUUAAGGGUAGCAGGAUGUUGAAUGUUAGAAUAUGUUUAAUAGAUGGAACUAUCUGCAUGCUGAUGAUAUAAUAUUCUAACUAGGAAUAACCCUCGGCUAUGUCUUGUGCAGGUUACUGACCAGGAUAAAGAAUUAUAUAAACUUACACUGACUGCUAUCCAAGAGGAUUGUAAAAGGCAGAAACGUAAGUGGUUGUAUGUUUUUACGUUUCAUUCAUUUUGUUCUUUACUUUACCCUUUAACUCUCUGAGUUUGAUUUAUAUCUCUUUAUGUUUAUCACAGUUAAGUUAAAUAAAUAUUCUUUAUUUUACACAAAUACCUGAUUAACCUGGCAUGUGUAAUACGCAAUCUGAUUCCGAGUUACAAUGUUCCCGGGUACUUCAAGAUAAUGUAACUUUUAUUAUCAUCAUCAUUAUUUGAAAAGGAAGGAUUUUCAUGUUGACUGAAGGUUCCAAACCUAAUUUCCAGGAAAUGAAUUUUCAUCAAGUAAAUGCUAUUAAUGGCACAGUCUAGUAUCUAUUACAGUUAAAUCGUAUUAGUUUUACUUUUUCCGAACUCUGUUUUAUACAAAAUACAAAACUGUUGUGCUUGGCAUCUGCAAUAGCUAUCAUACUAUUUUGGCUAUUUAAAGGAACACUAACGUGUAUUCCUGACAUCUUAGGUGUGAAAACUCUGUUUAGGUUUCAGGCCACUGUGAAAAAAGUAGUUUAUUUACCUUUUUCCGGCACGGCGCAGAUCUCCUAGCGGCUGGCCCCACCCACUGUGCCUCCUUGGCUGAGAUCAUCAGUUUUGAUGAUGUCAGCCAAUCCAACAUUGGGAGGCUAUUGUGUAUGCACGGCAAAACGCCAUGCUGCACCAAUCUGCAUUUCCUCAUAGACAUGCAUUGAAUAAAUGCAUCUCUAUGGGGAACGUUCAGCACCUCCAUGCAGAGAAGGAAGAUGCUGAACGUAAGUGCGGCACAUUGUGUCUGAGUGACUGUCUCUAGAGGUGUUCUAAGGCCGUAAUGUAAACAGUGUCUUUUCUCUGAAACGGCAGUAUUUACAUUAAAAUGCCUGCUGGCACAUAUUAUACACACCAGAACAACUACAUUAAGCUGUAAUUGUUGUGGUGGGUAUAGUGUCCCUUUACGGAAACACUACAAGAAUGUGUAGUGUGGGACCCACUGUCAGAGGUAAGUGAUCAAGUUCCUACGAAGAAAAUGCUUGCGUGCAGCGUAUCAUUGUGUAAAAAUAGUAACAACUACUAUUCAUGGUAGAUUGGGUCUGUGAUGUUUGUAAUUUGUUCAUUUUAAUUCUUUGAUAUCAGUAGUAUUUUUUUAACCUAAAUUCUCCAUUCAUAGAGAGUGCACAUUACACUUCCAAUAUAGACCACUAGAUGUCACAAUGUGAUAAAGGAUCCAGGCACUCCAAGUAUCUUCAAAUGUGUUUAUUGGGACAAGUGAGACACCGCAAAGUUUCAACCCCUGAAACGAUCUUUGUCGAGCCCUUUCAGGGGUUGAGACAUUGCGGUGUCUCACUUGUCCGAAUAAACACAUUUGUGCCUGGAUCCUUUUUCUACUACUGAUAUCUCCUCCCUGGGGCUUGUGCUGGCCAUUGGUCCAAUUUAGCACCCGGAUCUUCACGAGAUUGGAGUGCGAUUCAUUUUGUCUCUUUUUACAGUGUGAUAAAGUGACAGAUCUGUAUGCUGCUUAAUGGUCAUUGAAUUUUCCAGACACACAUAAUGAGUACAGCUGUAUAACGUAUUGCCAAUUCAAAAUUUGUGAUGUGAUGUAACAGCUCCAUCUACAAAAGAAUGAAUGAAAACACCCAUUAACAUAGGAACAAUUAUAAUGUAACAUUAUCAAUCUUGGCUCCUGUUUAAAGGCUUUAAAUGUGCAUAGAUCUGGUUACAUUGCUACAAAGUGUCAGCAUUAGCUUAUUCUAAUACUUCCCUUUUGGAAAAAAACUGAAUAAAACUUUCUUCACCAAUUGGAUAUUGAUUGAUUCUCUUCUCUUACAUGUUUAUCUAAUAUGUAGAGCUACUUGCUACAGUCAAAUGCUCAUCAGUCAUGCCCUAAACAUGGGAUAUGAUGUAAUGAGAUGCAUUGCAAAACUGGCAAAAACUUAGGAUUUUAGUUUGUUCUCAGCUACUGAAUUCUAUGUUUUUGCGUGGUUUAAAAAAAAAAAAAUGUUUUUGCUACUAAUUAAUCAGCCAAUCUGCACUAAACCAUCAAUUUUCAGGAAAAUACGGUAUUGACUAAAACACUGGAAAUGUCUACAACUUGUAUUUGCCUUUUUUGUGUCAUGUCCCUUUUUGUUUUACAUGUAUAUACAAGAUUUAACAAAUGGCAUCACAAUCCAGUUCAGACCAGACAUAAGCACUGCAGACACUGCACUAGAGGUGGAGAGACUGUUGAUUGACAGGGGCAAAACGUGUCGCUUAUAACAGUGAUUGACAGGGAGCCAAGAUGGCGGUGCUCAGUUCCAGUUUCAGGAUAAAUACAGCAGUGUGCAUUUAUACAUUUCAGAUCUUGCACACCUUAAUAAAUAUUGGAUAUUACCCUGCGGGUGCAGUGGAAGGUAAAUUUUACUUACCUUCAGCUCCUGUAGCUCUAUCUACCAGGAAACCACGUCAGGCUAUGGAGGAUUCUGUGAGACUGCUUGAACCUCCACAGGCAAUGCAUUUUCCCUCACAAACAUCACGAUUCACAGCUUCACGAUUCACGAUUCACAGAGUAAAUGACAAAACUUGACGGCGGUAGCUCUGCCUCCUGUCAAGUUUUGUCAGGUGUAGGAGAAAUGUAUAAGAAAGUAAACCCUGUUUGUGUCAGUAUAUCUUUUGACUGUAUUGUAAUUUCUGUGAAAUUUCAACAUAGUCUAUGUGAGUAUUUCAUAAAGCGUUUAUCAUUAUAAAAAUACUUGGGCUUUUUUGGGGGGGUAGGGGGUGACAAAGCUGCUUCAACUCCUUCAUCACAAAACAUACCCCAUAAUAUGACAUUCAUGGUAUGUCACUGAUUAUUAAUGGAUUAAGUAUCCAGCUCUUUUAUACCUGCACAGGCUAAGCUUCUAAUAAGUUAAAAGACACAUGGUCUGAAAUUAGAAUAAAUUGUGAUAUUAGCCUAUCAGUGGGUAAGUGGGACUUUUUGCACCACUCUAAAUAGAAUCUACAACAAAACCUGAAGUCUGGCAAGCCAUCCUGGGGGUUUCUAGCCUACAACAGGUGGGAAGCAGUUUAUUGGGCGUCCCUGGUCUACAGAGUUCUGCAGGUUCUACUUAUUUAUGUAAAUAUAACAUUCUUCCAUUUUGUUGUGAUUUUUGGAUAAUUUACUAAUCAAAAUGAUUGCUUUCAUUAGAUGCAGAAAAGGGCUGCCACUUUCUUCACAUCCUACGCUGUGUUCGACAGAGCUAUGACCCAAACAUAGCGGAUACCAUAUUGAAGAGAGUUAUCGGUGCUCUUGAAAAUAACAGUGAUAUCGUUAGCACCAUGGAAAACUACUACACAGCCUUCUGAGAACUACAAAAAUGGCCCCGUGACAGAAGUGGAACUUCCACAAUAGCAGAAGUUUGCAGGUGCCUCACAGAGGCUGGUUUUGGUCAAAAUGCACAAAAUGUUUUCAGCCAGAACUAGGAGAUAGACUGAUAAGGUGAAUCUUGAACACAUACAUGUUUACUACUGUAAUACUAUUUAUGCAGGUUUAUUUGUCAAAUGAAUUGUAAGGAGGCACUUGUGGACCUGGCCAGGUUCUCCUCUCCGCAAUGCGACCUUCCCAGUGGCCAUGAGUAUCAUAGGAAAUUAUAUACAAAAGUUAGUCAUCAAUGUUCUCGUUGACCCCUUGACCCUGAUGUAGCCGCAUGAACCUGUUUUACAGCCUUACAUGCCAUUAGCAUGUAGACGGCCUGCCUGGCCCAGUCCAAAGGGGAACCUGUACACUCAAACUGGCAAAGACAACUCACUAUAUACCCAUUACAAUGAGCUGUAAUGGCUACGGUGCUUAGAGUGUCCUUUUAAAGUGUAAGAACAUUAAAGAACAUGAAAACGUAAUAUAUACAGUUAUAAUGAUUGUUUGUUUAAUGAAAAAUCUCAUCUUAAAUAAAAAGAAAUAAAAUGUUUCCCUCAAAAACUCUUAUCCAUGCAGUUGAUAAGAAGCAUGUGAUUACUAUAAAGUAUGCGCGUUUGAAGGUUUACAGUGCCUAAAAACACUCCAGGGCGUGGGCCAUAUUGUUAAAAACUCCUGACGCCUCCCGUUGCAAAUUACUUUGAAUUAGUAAAAUGUGAAAGUGUAG